GAUGGCGGCGGUACCGGCUCUCCCGGUCUCCCUGUCGGGCAGGUUUAAGGGAUCCUUUGCAUAUUUUACAAUUAAAGACAGACUUCCCCAGAUCCUCACGAGAGUUAUUGAUACUUUGCAUCGACAUAAAAAUGAAUUUUUUGAAGAACAUGGUGAGAAGGGUGUUGAAGCAGAGAAGAGAGCUAUAUCUUUCCUCUCCAAGCUGCGGAAUGAGCUGCAAACAGACAAGCCAGUGACCCCUUUGGAAGAUGAGUUGCCUGAUGCUGGGCUGUGGAACCAAUACCUUGACUACCAACGAAAUUUACCAAAUGGAAAUGGAGAACCAAGUUGGUUUCAGUCCCCUUGGCUGUAUGUAGAAUGUUACAUGUAUCGAAGAAUCCAUGCAGCAUUAGCACAAAACCCACCUAUUGACAACUUUGACGUAUUUAAGGAAGGAAAGGCUCAAAAUUUCUUUGAAUCCCAAGAAGCUAUUAUUGCCUUAUGCACUUACUUUCAGGAACUUCUUAAGAACAUCAAGGAUCUAGAUGAAAAGCAACUUCAGGAGGAACUUCUUAAGCUAUUGCAGGUGUCAUUGUGGGGCAAUAAGUGUGACCUUUCUUUUUCAGCUGGUAAAGACAGUUCUCAGAAAUCUAGUCCCUUGCGAUCCCUGGAAAACAUGAUACCUUACAUCUUAGUGAAUGAUAUGGAAAAAGUUUGCUCACUACUUGUAAAUGCCAAAAAAAAUAGAACAGAAAGAAGUAAUGUUAGAGUUGACAUAAUCCUGGAUAAUGCUGGAUUUGAACUUGUAAGUGAUCUUGUGUUGGCUGAUUUCUUGUUAUCGUCAAAGCUAGCUGAUGAAGUCUAUUUUCAUGGAAAAAGUAUUCCAUGGUAUGUAUCAGAUACCACAAAGCAUGAUUUUAACUGGACUAUUAAACAGCUGGGGUCAGCUAAUCAUAUGUGGAUGUCUAGAUGUGGGAUAAACUGGGAGGGGAAUUUGAAAAAGGGAGUUUGGGUUUUCUGUGACCACAUGUUUUGGACUUUACCACAUGAUUUUUCCAGUAUGAGUGAAGUUGCUCCUGACUUGUAUGCUGAGCUACAGAAGUCAAACUUGCUUCUUUUCAAAGGUGAUCUAAACUAUAGAAAAUUGACAGGAGAUAGAAAAUGGGAGUGCAGUGUCCCAUUUCAUCAAGCCUUGAAUAAGUUUCAUCCUGCGCCUCUCUGUAGUUUGAGAACCCUGAAAUCUGACACUCAGGUUGGCCUGAAACCUGGACAAGGUGAGCAAAUUCAGGCUUCUGAACCUGAGUGGAUGGAAUCUCAUGAUCGCGUUCUUUUGGAAAUUCCCAUCACUAGAGAGCAGAUGAAUCACUACCGAGCUGCAGCCGAAACUGCUCAAAGUGAACUUGCAGCACUUUCAGUGAAGUAUGACUGUGCCCAGUCAGAGCUUCUUAAACUGAGGUCGAGCAUGAUCUCUAAAGAAGCUUCUUUUCAAGAGCUGAAGGCUGAAGCUGAAAGCUAUAAGGAAAGCAGUGCUAGACUGAUGUCUCGCCUCCUGUCUUUGCAAACACGGAUCCAGGAGAUGGAAGAAAAGCUGUGUGUGCUGGCUGCUUCUAAAAGCCAGGCUGAGCUGACAGCUCAGGCAGCAUAUAAGGAGAAUUUGGAGCUGAAGGAGGAGCUUCAUGAGAAAAGUGCCAAACUUAAUAAACAUUUGAAUGAGUGUGAAGAAACCGUGACUCAGGCUUCCAAACUCAGCAAAAGCUAUGAAGAGCUCCUUGCACAUCUUUCUGGAUUCUUGGACAUAGACAUCAGAGAAAAAGAGAAACCACAGGAACAUUUAACAUCAAAGGUCUCUGAAAUCUGUAAAGAAAAUGUGACUCUAAAAGACCAGGUUGCUGCUCUUCAAGAAGCUGUGAAUGUCCAUGAGAUGGAGUCUAAAGCUAACAGAGAAACUAUCAUGAGACUAGUUUCAGAAGUGGCCAAGGAGCAGGAAAAGGCAGCAGGAUACUACCAAGACAUGGAAAAGCUUAGUAAGGAUCUUGACAGUGCUAUAAUAAAGAGACAGACUUUAGAGAUGGAGAUCAGAAACCUCCAAGAGAAACUGACUGUUAACCAGAAAGCUUUGGACACCUCAAAGCAGGAACUGCACAAUCUGAAGAAAUCUUCCUGGGAGUUAGAUGCAAGCUUGAAGAGUAGCAGAGAAGAGGCCAGGACUGCCCAGAACUCUUCAGAGGCUUUUAAAGAAGAAAUUGCUACCCUGCUCAGCUGUGGAUCUGCAAUAGUUAAACCUUCUGAGAAGGCCAUUUUGGAGAGGAUCCAAGAAAUAAAUUGCAAAGAGGAGAAUAAAGAAAAAAUGGUGCCUCAGCUUGAAACACAAUUAGCUAAAUUGACUAAAGCUUUGGAAGAUCAGACCAGAUUGUACCACGAAGCCCUGGAGAGGAGCAGGAAAGCUGAAAAAUGUUCUGAGAAUGUCCACGAUCAACUGAAGCACUUGGAAGAGGAAUUAUUAGCUGGAGACCUGAUGCAAGAUGUUUUGAAGCUUGAGAAACAAAAAUAUCUGAAAUUUCUGGAACAACUUAACGAGAAGAUGAAGCUGGAUAGUGUGGCAGUGGAGGUUGGAUUUGAUAUGACUAUGGAUGUGAUUCUGGCCCGGGUAGAGCAGUUGGUGAAACUGGAAGGUGAUGCGGUGGUUGAGAACAAGACUGUGGCAUACAGCCUCAGAAGGAAGUUGAAGGCUCAGAAAGAAAAACUUGAGAGCAAAGAGCUGCAUGUGAACCUUCUGCGGCAGAAAAUAACUCAGCUGGAAGAAGAGAAACAAGCAAGGGUUGCCUUAGCUGUGGAAAGAGAUGAGGCCAAUCUCACUGUCAAAAAGUUACGUAAGAUGAUAGAGAGGCUACAGAAGCAGCUUGAUCUGGCAAGGGAAAUAAAUACUGAUCUCAAAGCCAAGCUGUCUGAAACCAGUGAACUUAAGAUCAAAACUUUGGAGCAGGACAGAACAAUAGAGGAACUCAGCAAGUCUCAAGGCAAACUGGAAAGAAUGAAAGAAAAAGCUGAGAAACAACUUAGAUCUGCCAAAUCAGAACUUCUUUUAAAGGAGCGUAAAGCUACUGAAGAUAAAGAACAAAACAAAAAUAUGUUAGAAGCAGUUACCAGUGAAAUGAAGGUGCUUAAAACAAACCUUGCAGAACUAGCAAAAAGAGAGCGACAGCUGGCAGAUUUCCGAGAGGUGGUCUCAAGGAUGCUGGGCCUCGACAUUGCCAGCCUGGCUCUUCCUGACUAUGAAAUCAUUACACGCCUUGAGGGGCUGAUUCACUGCCAUCAGCACCACUUCUUCCCCUGUGUCUGCCUCAAAGACAUGGCAAGGACCCCAGAGGACCAGCAAAGAAACAUCCAGCCUCUUCACUGA